UUCUAUAUUCUAUUAUAACAUAUGAGCGAGCAAAUAGCAUGAUAAUUUUGUAACCAAUUUUUAUAAAUUAAAUUGUCGCCGAAAAUUAGUAAAAAUAUGUCUUCGUUGAGUAGACUAUUGAAAAGUAAAAAGUGUGUAUCAAAUUAUGGGCAGCAAAUCCGAGUCUUCAGCGCACAAGCAUCUCCAAAUGGAAAUGAUGUGGAAAUGGAUGAUGAGGAAUUCCGUGUGUUGAAUUUGCGUGCUUCCAACCAAAAGCAGUUGGCGCGACGAGAAUUUAAAAAACCUGAGGUAAUGCCACCACGUAGUCUUAAAAUGGCAACAGACCAAGAUUGGACAGCCGUUUGGCCGGGCCCUCGUUCCUUCCAUCCCGCUUCUGUACCCUUACCUAUUCGUCAAGGCUUUACUGUAAAGGGUGCAGCACCUCCAUCAAAGUAUGCAAAUGCCGAACUUAUGAAAAUUCCCAACUUCCUACAUCUAACUCCGCCCGCGAUUAAGCAACAAUGUGAGGCAAUAAAAAAGUUUUGUACACCUUGGCCCAAGGGACUGGAAACAGAAGAGAAAUGGAAACGUCUAUUCCCUGUGGAUGUUGUUAGCACAGAUUAUUGUCAAGCAUUGCCCACUAUACGUAACCCAGAUGCGCGUCGAGUUACUAUCACACUGAAACUGUCAGAAUUGAAAUUUGAUGAUCAUGCCAAAGACAAAUUUUUGCGUUUGGUUGGAGAUCGCUAUGACAGUGAAACCGAUAUACUUACGAUUGUGGCGGAUAGGUGUCCUUUACGAAAACAAAAUUACGAUUAUGCUAUGUAUUUACUAACGGCUUGCUAUCACGAAUCGUUCAUUACCGAGCCCUGGGAAGAAAGUAAGAGUGAAGCUGAUAUGGAAAACUAUAAGUACGAGCGAAAUAAGUCGAAACUUUCUGUUGAACAAAUUUUGAAUUGGGGAAAUGCCGAUUCCUCAGACAAGCGUGAAGCAAGUACUGGAUACAUUGAAAGCCUUGAAAAUCUUGUGAACGGAGGAGAAAAUGAAUACAGUUUGAAUAAAUAUAAGGAAGAAGUCAUAAAAAUGAUAGGCCUUAGGCAAUAAAAGGAAAAAAUUGAAUGAACAUAAAUUUGUUAAACAUUUUAUUAUUAAAUUAAAUUAAUUAAUAAAUAA